AUGGGUCCUAAACCUCUCGAGGUACGUUGAUGGAUUAUUGUGUAAGAGCUUUGAGGUUAUAUCUCGCUGUAUUGUUUCUGCCUUUCUUAUCAACAGGUUCUUAUCGUGGUCUUUGCCAUAAGAUGUUUCACUGUGGAAACGGGUAAGUCCACAAUUUCAAUCACAUCUCUUUGAGGGAAUUGUUGUGCCUUGUAAAUUUUUGGAGGUAGAAUUCGUUUAAUUAAUUUUCAAAGGAUGAUUAUACCGGAAACUGAGAAUGCGGGUCUUAAGUCUGGGGCAUAAGACCUGCAAAUGCUUUUAGGUCACUUCUAUUUCGAAAACCUUGAGUGAAUCUAGAGAGAAUGUCCUUAGAAAGCCCAAGAGUUGGCUCUUCAUAUUUCACAAAAACAUCCCAUCAGCGAGGGGGCUACAUGAAUAUAUGCUGCCGAGGGACCAGAUGCCUUGCUUUUGAACAAAAGAAGAUAAAACAUGACGUUUAUGCCAGAGGGAAACAUCAAAAUUUUACACUGAGAGUGCUUUUCCAGUAAUCCUCACAUCAAGCUUGUACAAAAUAGCAAAAAGUCUAGUGUUCAAAGCUUGGGCAAGUAUUUCCUCCUCAAAGAACAAACGUUUGAAAGUAGAAUGCAAUGAGUUGAAAAUUUGUCGUUUGUCGCUUGUAGUAACUCCCCACGUUUAAGUUCUCUCUAAUAUUUUGCAUUGAGACGGCUUGUUUUGAAAUAAGGCCGUUAUGUAUGGGGAUGCAGUUCUAACAAAUCAAAAUUAAUACCACCUUAAUGCAAUUGCAAUUUAGCAAAGUUUUUCCUGAUAUGGAACAGGACAUUCUAGAAUUACCGUUAGCCUCAUUUUCGAAGCGAGUCCUGGUGUUCAACCUUUAGUCUGAUUGAAAGUUUUUAUUCACUAAACUUAUUUUCAUACGAAUGGUCGAGAAUCAGGCCUCGUUUUAAAAGAAGGGGCAAAAGAUAAAAGGUAAUUCGGAAAUGGCCUAUUGUUCUUUAAACCCCGAGAUCCAGAUUAACAUUUUACUGAUUUGCUCUUUUUUGCGUAAUGUUGUGCAGCUAAGAUUUUGGGACGGUGGAGCCUGGAUGAGUUGGAAAAUGGCCAUUUUGUCGAAUCCCAAAGUCAGAACGCAUCUUCUACUUUGUUGCUCGCUCGCGAUGGUGCCACGCAUACCCGCACCGGGGUACUGACGGUAGGGGAUGUCAACUACCUGAGUGUUUCUGUUCCAAAUGGUCAUUGCCUCGUGAAUAAAACGGCAUGUGGUGGCAACCUUGUUGUCUCUUUUUGGAUGAAACUUAAAGGUUGUAGACGAAACUUGUUUUUUCUUAUCUCAUCUAAACAUAUGACAGCCAUAUAGACAUUUGAGAAACCUUUGAAAUUCAGGCAAAACAAUGAAACGAGAUAAAUAACUACUACUCUGGUACUUAGUAGAAAUUUGUCUCCUCAUUAAUGUUGCUUUUAACCCACGAACGAGAUAGAGGAAAUCGUUUUUCAGAACUUUCCCCAAACGUAUCCCUAUCAUCAUUCUGAUGGAUGCAUGAUCCACGAGUCUUUCUUUCCGCUUAAUGAAGUUCUCGUCCUUUCAGUAACUCUAGGGAAAGACCUUCUUAAAAAAAUUCAAAGAAACAAACAACUUAUCCUCGAUAGAUGAUCGUCUGGUAUUCCGUAUUGCCAUUAUAUUGGGUCUCAUCGACUGAUUUCCAAAACUUCGGUUCAUUCCGAUUCUUGGACAUAGUGAAGGGGGUUAAUUAAGUUGGAUACUUUUCAGCAUAGCUUCAAGGGUAUUUUUUUCCUUUUGUCCAUCCUCUUAAUCCAAACCUUAUAGGUCCAUUUUAAUCUUGAUUCGCCUAAAGAAAUCUCUUGAAAGUUCUUUCAUUUGAUGUUGAAACCCAAAAAACCAGACUAAUUUAUAUUUUGAAUAAUUUCUUAUGGCUACCAUUACAACUUUACGCCGAUUUAAGAAUGUACCCAAAAUUUUGAGGUUAUCAAGUAUUCAUAUAUUCGAGCUAUUCUUCUUGUCAUUGUCGUUUACCUUCCGCAAAGAAACAACGAGCGGAAUUCCUUUGAGUUAGGUGCGAUAUCUUUCUAUUGUUUCAAGUUUUUUUUGCUUGAUUAACUUUUUAAUCCCCAUUGUUAUUUGAUGAGUAUAAAAUUUCUCCAUGAAAUACUCGGACUUGCCUCUUAAAUUUGCAGCAUUUGCAAGAAUGCUUACAGGUCUUAGAAAGCGAGGCGGCAAGUCUGGUUGCGGUAAUAUAUUUUCGGUCCCUAUUACAAAGUAAACAAGGUGGAUAAAUUUGAAGUUGAUUAAAGGUUAUAAAUACCUGAUCUCCAGUGAUAUUUAUUUACUUAUUCAAUACUACCUUGCCUUGAAAAUAAUUUCGCGUUUAGCGCAUUUCUGCCAAAGGUAUUUUUUAAGAACUCAAUUAAUUCAUUCGGUAUUAUCAAGAACGGCGCUCUGCAAUCAAGAGUGAACGACGCUUCAAAAUGUAAACAACGCAAGCGGUGAAUGACACAGAUUUAUGAGAGUGUAAUUUCACUUUCUUUUUACGUUUUCGCUUGACUUUCAGUUUUAUUUUUUUGUUAAAGACGUUAAACGAAACCUCGCGUGACAAUAGAAAGAUGGCUACUCAACAGCGGCUUGCUCUGUACUUCGUAAACUUCGCAAGAAAAAAAAUCCUGUCUCGGUCUACAGUGGUCGAAAUUUCUCGUUCAAGAUCUCUUUUUGAAGCUCUCAAAACUCUCGGUUUUAAAAAAUACAUAUCCAAGUCGACGAAGUUUCGCGAAAGACGUAAAUCCAUAAACUUCCAUCACAAUAUGUGCUAUAAUUCUCUGCAGUUUCAUCGACACAUUUAGAACAAAAGGAUACGUUUAAACCUUCGCGGCCCAAGACAGCUUAAUUAAGCCAUUGUUCUAUUCCUUUGAAUUCGCUUCUGAGUCUUCCGCUAUAAAGUCUCACGUCAUUUCAACCGAGUCAUCGUAAGCAUCUCCUACUUCUUUCAAGAGGGUACCUGCCAGCAACCAUCUAAAUAUCUCAAAACAUGAACCUUUUUUUUUCCAACAGGGUUUCUAUCAGAGGUCAUUGGUGACAAUAACCACCAUCAAACUGUGUUGAAGGGCUGGUUGGAUAAAGUGGUCGACCCUGAUUUGCGGUGGAUAAACUGUUACCGAGCUUCAGAACAUGGCUGGAAUGCGUCCAUAUUCCACGCUCGAUGCGAUUUCAAAGGUCCUUCGGUGACUCUUGUCAGAGUAAAGGAUUUUGUAUUCGGAGGAUUCACAGACCAGGACUGGGGAGGUGAGAGUUUUAGGUUAUCGAUAUGCUUAUUAAUUCGAAUAUUUAUCAUUUUAUAAGAGGUUACUCAUCGGCCAAUAACCUUCUAUCUUCCAACUUGAGCUGACCUAUUAGCCAGCUGGUAAACUGACCAACUAAUUCAUUAACAAAAGUACCGUUGUUACGUACCAAACAGCUACUCAGCCUUGAAAUGAUUAGCUAACUACCUCAGUCACUUACCGAUCCAAUCAACCAGAGAAUAAGUCAAUAAAAUAACCAGCCAGGUAUUCAGCAAGUUAACAAGCCUGACAUCAACCAGCAUCCAAGCUACCGAUGAAAUCAAUGUAAACAGUGCAACCCGACUAGCAACUAACAAAUAGCCAAACAACCAAUGCAACGCAUUGGCUAAGCACCAAAUCAGCCAAUCAAUUAAUCAUUUAAUCGACCAAUCUAUCAAUUAGCGGUCGAUAAAUCGAUCAAUCAAUGAAACAGUCAUCCUGUAGAAAACCAAAUCUAAAACCGUCGCUCCUUUCACCAACCCACCCAUCGUCCAACAAACCAACUUAAAAACUCAUCAACCAGACCCAAUCAAUUGCCAACUAAGUUGAUCACCUCCUUAUUUCAAGUCAACUUAUUCCUUUCCGUCUAUACCUUACCAGUCCGUUUACCGACGAUUUAAUUUUACCUUAUUUCCCAAAGGUUCUCCUGGACCAAGAAAGAGUCAAGACUCUUUUCUCUUCCUACUUAGUAACAACAAAGACAAGGGAUUAAAAGUGAAACUUGAUAUAAACGACUCUUCACAUGCAAUUCGCAAUGAUCCUUCUUAUGGACCGUGGUUUGGUAAAAGCGACUUGGUAGUCAGUGAUAUGGCUGCGUAUAAUAUCAACUCUAGCAGUUGUCUUGGUGAAUCCUAUAACUUACCAGAUGAUCUUGUGUCCGGUAGCGUUGACGCCCACAAUUAUUUGGCUGGUAGUAGGUACUUUAUGCCUGAAGAAGUGGAAGUGUUUCAUAUAGGUAAGAACUAAUCAAUUGCAAAAAAAGCUGGAAUUUAUGACGUCCCAUUCAAAUACCGACAGAACUGGUAGAAAAGUAUUUAUCCAAGACACAAACACUUACCAAUGUCGUUAAAUCUGUCUCACGAAUAUUGCUAUAAGCAAAUCGUUAACAUGCACUGCAAGAACUAUUUUUCUCCAACAAGGGCGGAAAGCAGGUUUUAAAUUACGCCUACGGGGAAAUUCACACUUCAACCGAAUCCGUUCAUUUUUGGAAGUAAAUUUGCAGCAUCUUUUUUUUUUUUGUGAUCAAGAAUGCUUUCAUCCCCUUGGUAUGAGCAAUGGAGAGAUUGCCAAUGAUCAGAUCACAGGGGCGACAGGUAACUAUUUAAUAAACCAUGCACCGUGGCAAGCUAGACUCAACAUUUCUCCGGGGAAGACCUGGAUUCCUAUAGGAAAGCAGGCUAAGUUGGUGGUAGACUUGGGUUCUCCUCGGCGAAUCCUUGCUGUAGAUGCACAUGGUAAUAGAAAUGCUAGCAAUCCUAUGUAUCCAACAGAAUUUGGAUUUUGGUAUAGCCCGUCAAGUCAGGACCGCACACUUUUGAUGGAGGUAAGUUGGUCAUUUAAAAUCCGUUCUUAGCUCUUUCACUCCCAGGAUCUCAUUGGUAAUUCUCCUUACAGUCUUUCAUACAAUUCGUAUGAUGCUAGUCCUGAGAAUUUGGUGUUGGAUCAACUAAUAAUUCCCUAAUUGAUAAUCCUCUUUAAUUCUCGUCACUUGACAGGUUGAUAUUGUAUUGAUAUUUAUGUAAUGGUGUAGUUUGAUCGUCCGGGUGAGUGUAGUCCUGAGAAGGACUGUUGUCGGUAGUGGUGACUGACGUUUCGACAACCUGAGCGGAAGUCAUCAUCAGAGUCAAGUGAAAGGUUGUUGUCAGUCGAAUGUACUUAGUCUGGUUUGUGCAUACUGAUUGGUCAGUUUUGCCGUGAUGUUAUUGGCUGUAAGACUCAAGUGGCAUAGGUCACCCGGACGAUCAAACUACACCAUUACAUGUUACCUCGGGUUCAAACCAUUUACUGUAUUGAUAUUGUGAGGAGAAAUUCUGUCUUGGUCACUCAUGGCAGUUUAAGGGUUAACAUCUCCAUCCUGGGCCAUCUUUGUGAUUCCUUAAGGCCCUGAUGACUAAUUUCAGUCUCCUUUUCGUGGGUGUGAUAUCUUGCAUGCAGUCUCCUUUACGUUAAGAGAAAUUUUGGACUUUGCGAAUAGUGAUAAUACAUCGUAAGGCGGUUCAUUCUAAUUGAGAGAGUCACGCUGAUUUUCGGUGGUAAAACCCGCACAAAUGAAUUCCUAUCGCUACCCAGAUGUCAAACGAAGCUUUCGAAGGUGUUUCUUCUUGUAGUAUGCAAGAUGCAUGUCACAGGAAACCUAAUAUUGGCCUUACUAACCAAAACUUUUUCUGUAACUCAAUGGCCGAGCAUCAGAGCAUAAAAUCCGACGGUCCUAGCUUACGUUUUGCCGUACCUUCCCCCCCCCAGAUGAAACAGAGGCGAGGGAACUUCUACACAAACCUGACACUAACCGUGUUCCGUGACGUCACUCUUUUGCAAGAAAUAAUAUAACGAAUUUUUAUUGUUAACCUCUUUCACCGUUUUUUUUCGUCAAUUCUGAUCGGUUAGAGUUAUAAAACUGUAAUAAAACUGUAAUUUAUUUCCAUACUAACAAACAUGAUGGUGAACAAAGUGCAUUCAUGGUCAACUUUUCAGAAAACAUUGAUUUACGACCAGGUUUUUAAGGCAAGUUUGCGCGAUUUCUGGGAUAAAGACAUUUCAAGAAGAACAACAGAAAGCCAUAGAUAUGUUUUUAGAAGGUAACGAUGUCUCUGUUUCGUUACCAACUGGCAACGGAAAAUCUUUAAUAUAUUAAGCAGAUAUUAUCAAUGGCCUCUCUCCUCCAAAAGAAACCGGUCAUUAUAUUUAUUGUGCCGCCCGUUAAAGCUCUCAGACAAGACCAGGGCCCAGUUUUAUAAGGGGCAGAUAACGCUAUCCAACGGAUAAGUGAUAGCAAAUCGUAUAGCGUUAUCCAACGGAUUGACAUUUAUCCAGUGGAUAGCGUUAUCCAACCUUCGAACAACCGGGGCCAGGUGUACUAUCUUAAUUUACGUGGGCCAAGAGGAUUGUCCGUCUCUUUGCAAACGGUGCUGCGAAGCUAUUAAAUUAAAGCUAGUUAUUUCUUGCAGCGAUUAUUCGCAAAAAAAUAUUAUCAAGUUAUAUUAUUUUGCAUAAAUAAGAGUGACGUCCCGGAACACGAUUAGUGUCAGGUUUGCGGAGACGUUUCCUCUCUUCCGUUCCACCUUGGGGGGGGGGAGGGGGGAGGGUACGGCUACACGUGGGUUACGACCAUCUGAGAAUCGACCACUGAUGGGGAAAUCAGAGUUUCUUACUUUGUCCUACGCUCUUGACAAGAAAAAAAACAGUUUUCUCUUAGCCAGAUGUGUUGAAAUACUUCCAUCAUUCCUCAUUUGCAGGGUCUCACCUUAGAGGAUGAAUCUUCAAUCAAGCGUUUUAUCUUUUCGCCAUCGAUCGUUGCACAAAAGCUUUUUGUUGAAACCGUGAAUUGCAACGUCGAAUGUGCGUUUGCUAUGGAAAUUUAUGGAUGUUCGGCGGGUGAGUCUGAAAGAUGUUGCCAAAUGAAAUCCCUUUUCAAUAGAUAAACAUCCCAUAAGUUUAAAAUCAGUGUUAAUAACAGUUUAGAGUUCUAGGUUAGUAUAAGUCUUUGUUUAGAGAUUCUGUGGAUACGAAUAUCUCUGGGGAGAAGAAGUGGAGAAGGAGACCAUGGGGUCAGGAAGGUAUUGGACUGCAAACGCCGACGUAUUUUCUGCAAGAGAUAAUUUACGUUCUCUUUUUUCUGGUUGUUGCUCGUUCCACGGCGUUAAAACGAAUAACAUUUCAAGGCUAGGAAUAUAUACUACUGGGUUGAUUUUAUAACCAAUUAUAGAGUGACCUCAUUUUCAGAGACACCCUUAGUACCAAGCAGCUGAGUAUUCUCAUGUAGAUAAGGUGUUUUAUCAAUUUUAACAAUAAGGAAAUAAAAUGAAAAGAUAACCUAGCGUAUUUCUAAGGUGUAGGACCAAAGUGUGUGUCAACUUAACUUCUGAGAAACUGUUAUUAAAAUGCAAGUUAGUCUUUUCUUUGAAAACAGCCAAGUGUUCUCCCACCUUGAUCUUAAAACUAGGAGAAAACGCCUGGUAUAUAUUUUUGCGGCAUUUUCAUUCAUGUAAAUCGUUUAUACCAAGUGCUUGUGAUAGAGUCCAAAGUCAUACGAAGAGGCUGAUGUUGACACUAAACAGCUAACUAAUUGGUUUUUUGUCACGAGUUAUUGAUGAAAAAAUUGCGAUUCUCUUAACAUCAUGAGUAUGUUGUCUUGUUCUAAAAUAAAACACUCUAUCUGCAAUAUUUUAUUAGGUUCUUGUGGAGAAGAGCUCCCUAUUAAAAAAUUCUCAGCUUCUUCCUUUGCGCAAUCUAACAAGCCAAGCGAAGCUCGUUUCAACUCUUCCACCUGUUGGAAACCCAGUGAUGCUAGUGGUGGUGAAGAUUACUUGGAGAUUGACUUAGGAAUUAUUAAGGUCUUAAGCGCUAUUACAACGGAAGGAAACAGUCAGUACAAUCUCCAGUACAGUACGGACGAAAUAAGCUGGAAGUAUUAUCCAAACUUCAGCGGUUCUACAAAGGUAUAUACAGAUUGACCUGUUCAUACAGGUUCCACCGAAUAGGGUAAUAACAAUAAACGCAGCACCACAGUUUCUUUAGAAACUUACCCCCUUUAUUCAUAUACGCCUUACUGUCCGGCGGAGAUGGAAAGCAUAGAAAAGAUACCUUAUAAAUUAUUUUUGUUUCUUGAGACGUUGUUCUCACCUGUCGAGAUUAUAGUAUCGUAUUGAGAUACGAGCGUAUCGUCUCGUAAGGGUCAUAACUUAGGUUUGAAUGGCUCUAUAAACUAAAUGAAAAAUCGUCAAAUUAGUGCAUUUGCAUCCUACACAAGAAUGUUAAAUUGGUAAACCAGGUGGUUUCGUACUGAACUUUAAGUGGACGUGAUUUCUCUUUAAGGUGUUUACUGUAGAGGGAGUGACCACUGUGAGUAUCAAACCUAUGGUACAAGCACGUAUUCUUCGGGUUUAUCCAAUCAGCAGUGACACCUGUUUAAAAAUUAAACUUAGUGGCUGUAGAUCUUUCAAAGGAACAGGUAAGUAGUUUUAGAAACUGUGCUAUAGCUGUCGUUACAGUUUUGUUUUCUUAACUUGUUUGAAGAGAUAGUAGCCCUAAAUUUUCAAGAAAAUGAAAAAAGUUAAUACGCAUAGCUGCGUUGAACUGUUUCUUAACUCUUGCACUUAUGCGUCAAUCAAUUCGACGCUUCAACUUUCCCUCCAGCAACCCUUGCGGCAUUUGAACUUUGGAAGAUUGGUUAGUUGUAAAAUUUUGUUCAAAUGCCUUACCCAAGUGCCGGAUUUGGUCGUCUGUUUUUUUUUUGUUUGUUUUGUUUUUUUAUAAAAAGCAAGAUCAGCGACCGUGACUUUCUUGUAAACCUUUUUCCUGAGCCAUCUGCUCGCAAAAAAGAACUUUUUGCCUUGAAACACCUCCAUAUUAAAAGAUAGAACAUUAAUUUCGCUGGAAAUAAUUAACAGGUUUGGUUUGAAUCCCCAUCUCACCCAGGCAAAGUUAAAAUUCCCCCCCCCCCCGGAAUGUGCAUGGGUUGCCCGGAUUGGGGGGGGGGGGAAUGGUUAAGGUUCGAAUUUAUCAGUGCAUUAGAUGAGAUACCAUAAUCACUCGUCGAAAUUUGUAUAAACUGAUCACUUUUAAAACUGUGAAUUGUUUAAUUCAAUCUUUAGACACCGCCAUUAUGUCCUCGGGAAGAUAUCCAUUUAAUGAAACUGGAAUGCUAAUUAAUAAAUCUUCAACGGCACUGAAGGCACAAUAUCACUCCACCAAGGAUAGUUAUGUGGAGACAAAAGAGCCGUUUACCUCGAUCGAUUGGACUCGGGUUACGUUUCGGCUGAAGAAAAACGACGAAGCGUUAAUAUACUUAAACAACGUGGAGGUCGAUCAAGAUAGAUACAAACGUGGCCGCUCUGCUGCUUAUAAGUCGAAUUCUGCCAAAGUUAUAAAUUUAGCCAGUAUGUCUUCUUGGGGCAACGUGUCAUCCUCUCAGAUGUGGGCUGUCGAGAAUAUUCAACUGUCUGAUCUUAGUUUGUGGAUAGGUUCUAUUGGUGAAGCGUUUGCUGAAAGAAAGCUGCGUGCGAUGUUAGGUACAGCUUUUUCAAAAUUUUUCUUAAGGUGCUAGUAAGUGAUACAUAUUUAUAACUUCACUAUCUGUUUAAAUUACGAAGCUUUAAAGUCAAACGCUUUGUGACCUUCUGAACCUUGACUGGUAUAUAGAAUGUAUUCAGAUAAUAAAGAUGAGGAGAGGUGUGUUGAAAAGUUAUGGACAAGAAGGGGUGGCAUGUUUCCAAUGAAAAUAAAGCGCAUGGACCCUGACCACGUUUUCUUUCAUUGUGGGCCAUUCAUUUUGAAUUGUUUUGUCAUAGUUGCAAACACAAUGAAUUAUUCCCAUCAAUAAUCUUUCUUAGGCUCAUGAAGUCAUUGUAACUUAUUUUCUCAGAAGUGUGCGACUUCGAUGAUUCACCUUGUUCUUGGAAAAUAGGAAAUUGGACGAAAAGGAAGGGCAAUGUUCCUAGUGAGGGGACUGGACCGCCCAGUGACGCUAUUGAUAGUAAGUGCACUGGUCACGGGUGAAGUUCUUUGAGUUUCACUUUCAUCAAAAGGGAGUUUAAAUUUCCGACGACUUCGCCAGGGUAAACCUUGCUUUAAAAAAAAAUUUUCCUGGCAAUUUUAGGAGUAGCUCAAUGUUUUUGACAUACCUAACGGCGCCAGAACUCCCGUUUCGUGAAUUCAAUGUUAAAUUCGUCAGGGAUUUCGAUCUCAGACUACGCAAACUUUGGUUAUAUUACGUUUUGGUUUUGCUGAGGGAGGGUGGGAAAUGCACAGAUUUUGAAAGCGCACGCGCAAAGGUACUUUAUUGCUUAUUAAAUCUUUUGUUUCGCUGUCUCCACAUUUCAGUCAUCAUGGUGGAUCUCUUGACCCUUUCUGUAAUAUCUAGGUGUGAUUAGCAUAUAAUACUCCUUACAGCACAGUCCUUAAUAGCACGUGAAGGUCAUGAGAAUAUGCACACUUAUGUUAGGGCCAAUAGGUCCACGCUCGAGUGCUGUGAGACACUGGACAGUCGAAGUGCCUCUCCUACACCAGGAGAUUAUUACAAAUAGUGAUAGGUAAGUUAUCAGGGAAACCUGACGACUUACUGUGGGUUUUUUACGAGAGAGUCAGUGACGUACCAUCCAAUGAGAGAAGCAAGCCUACCGUUCGCCUCAUACUUCAGAAACCGUAUUAAGAGCUAAUGCCGUGUAAGCCCUGCAUUCGGUCUAUUUUAAAACAACUCUUUUGUCUUCUACACGUAAUUGGCUGUAUUUUCCAUACCAUAACACUGCAAAAAGGUCAACUUUGCACCAGAUGUAACCAAUUUUUUCCCAUUUCUAGACUUCUAUAUACACCUGGAGUCUUCUUAUCCUCGCAUAAAAGGUGACAGUAUCCGAUUUGAGAGUCCAGUUGUAGUGCCUGCCUACAAAUGUUUGUCUUUUAAAUAUUCCAUGCGGGGAAAGCACGUGGGCCGUUUGACAGUUUACAUACAGCGUGGUAAAAAGUCUGACCCAGUGGCUAAAUGGAGACUUAGCGGAGAUCAAGGAAACCUUUGGGAACAAGGGAAAUUGAAAUUACAGCGGCAACGUCCUUUUAAGGCAAGGACAAUUAUAAGAAAUCGGUCGAGGUUUAUUUAGUUCGUUUGUUAUAUGGAUGGUUAUUUUAGGUUGUUUAUGCAGCAAUUCAAAAUAGAUCGGAAUUGGCCUUUCAAGGAAAGGAACGUUCGAAUCCAAUUUUAUUCAGGUUGCAUAGUACCUUGUAAUUCUCGUCGCAAUUUUGAAAUAUUGUCCCGGGUUGGCAAUGUUGGUAGAAGUACAGUAAGGUAGCCUGAAAAAAAAAAACAACAACAACAACAAAAAGAACUCAACGUUGAGAGGAGGGCCGGGUGUCGCAAUAAGAAAAAACAAGGCUUGUAGUUUAAUUUGUGAAGUCCAAGAUUCUUUUGCUCGUUUUUAAUUUUGUUUGCUUUCUUAUUUUUGGUAACUUAAGGUUCCCUUAUCAGUCUCUCCGUGUGUCUGUCUAUCUGUCUGCCUGUCUACCUCUCUGUCCGUGUGUUUUUCUAUCUACCUGCCUGCUUGCCUGUCUGCUUGUCUACCUGUCUGCCUGCCUGCCUGCCUGCUCAUCUGCUUGCCUGUCUGCUUGUCUACCUGUCUGCCUGCCUGCCUGCCUGCUCAUCUGCUUGCCUGUCUGCUUGUCUACCUGUCUGCCUGCCUGCCUGCUCAUCUGCCUGCCCCCCUGCUUGCCUAUCUUCUUCUUGCCUGCCUACGUGUCUUUUAGACCGUUCAAAAAAUCCUGGGGUUGGGCCUACCUUGUCUAUCUAUCUGCCUGUUUGCCUGUCUAUCUGUCUGCCUGUCUGCCUUUCUACGUGUAUAUCUGUCUGUCUGCCUGUCUGCCUCUCUGCCUGUUUGUCUGUCUGCCUGUCUGCCUGCCUGCCUGCCUGCCUGCCUGCCUGCCUGUCUGCCUGUCUGCCUGUCUGCCUGUCUGCCUGUCUGCCUGUCUGCCUGUCUGCCUGUCUGCCUGUCUGCCUGUCUGCCUGUCUGCCUGUCUGCCUGCCUGCCUACCUGUCUGUCGGUCUGUCUGUCAAUUUUCCGUUCUUUUCUAGAUCCCGCUAAACCAGUUAAAUUAUUAUAAAUUAGAUGUUAAUUGUCACUCUAACCUGAUAUAGGUGAUAUUUGAGGCAGUUGUAGGGGACGGUUUCCUUGGAGAUAUUGCCCUCGAUAACGUAGAACUGUCAACGAAUACUUGUAAUUACUACCCAGACUACGCAAGUUCCUCUCAAGGUACGUUAAGAACUUAUUUUUAAACUUAAUUGCCAUUUAAGGAAAUGAAUUUAUUCGAUUGUCCAUGUAUCAAAUCGUGAUCAUUUCAGCUCCAGCCUUAGAAAAGUCCGCGAUCAUUGGUCACCUUUCCACAUUGAAAUUGUCUCUGUUGCGAGCACUUCAUACGGCUCGUGGGAAGAAUGACAUCUGGGUGCCUUGCUACCGAGCUCUUGUCGACGGAAGAGACAUCGAAAACUUUUACUCUAAGUGCGGCGAGAAAGAAGCAACGGUCACAAUAGUGCGAGUUAACAACUACAUCUUUGGUGGAUACACUGAAGUUGACUGGAACGAGGUUCGGGGUUAGUUGAUCACUUGAUAGCAAUUGAAUGAUACACCAAUUACCCACACUUGUAAAUAAGUACCAAGUGUAUCUACGACGCAUAUGAAACCCAGGCAUCAACAGAUUCCUAAUUAUUCACACACCUUCUUUCCUAUGAUACCUUUUCGUCGACUUACCUUCUAACCAACUACUUCCCAUCUUUCCUUCUAUUUUAUCAUCAUUUACCAACUUUGUCAACAGGCCACGUACCUACCUUCCUAAUCCCUUACCUUCUUGCCUGAGUACCGACACACCCUUCGACCCACGCCAUUUACGAACAGUACUUUGAAUGCUCAGUUAAAUUAUGAUCUUCGGCCAAUUCCUUCCACUCCUACAACUUUUACCCAAUUUAGAAGAACCUCUUUCUCCCUAAGAUUGCUAAAUUCAACCCUGAAGUUAAAUAGGGAGAGCUCAUGUUUGUAUCAGGGUUUGGGAGAGCUGGGCACACAUUGACACAGCCAGGUAUAGGUAAAAAUGAAGCGUCUCGAAUUAAUUUUAUUUCUUACGGGUCUGCACACUGUAGUUACCUAACCAAGGCAUCCCGUUUCAUUACAGUUACCUGUCCACCUACCCGCCUCUCUUAGUUUUUGUAUUCCUCGAUAGUAAUGUAAUUCAGUUUGCUUUACUCGUCCCAAUACUGUUUCCACUGAUUGGUCCCUACCUAGCUUUCUGCCCAUCUGCAUGCUUGCCUGUUCACUUCCUAUUUUCCCUGCUUCCCCCCCUCCCCUAUAGUAAAAAAUUAUUUAAUUUCCUUGUUUCGUUCGCAGAGAAAGGGAUCGCUGUUAACACAGGCGCGUUUCUAUUCAAAUUGAGGAACAGCUAUGCCAAAGAUUUCGAAAUAUUCCCUAUUAGAAGCGACAAACGACAUGAGGCACAACGUGUGAGGCCACAUGAGGGACCAACAUUUGGUGAUGGUGAUCUUUCAUUGAAGACGAUGUCAGUUGGCUCCAUUCAAGCCGGAAAUUCAUUCGAAAAGUGGAAUGGCUUGUUUUUGCCUGUACACACAGAGAAUUUUAGCAUUUCUGACAUUGAAGUGUUAUACCCCAAAGGUAACCCAGUUUAGAAACGUAAGUGACUAGUUGUUCCUCACAUGUAUAUUGAAGGUUUUUUUUUUGUUUUGCUUUUUGAAGAAAAAAAGAAAACAGAAAAAAACUCUUUAUUUAGGUCAGCUUAAACUGUAAACUUGGUUGAUAAAAACAAAAUUCUUGCUACAUAUUGGGAGUGAGUUUAAUUUUUCUUGUCGCUGCAGAAAUGCAUCUGCAUUUUCCGAUAGUAACUAUUUAAUAAAGAUUUCACUCAAUAUUUUCUGAAAACCAGACAGUUUGUGCAAAGAGUCAUGCAACCACUACGAGGGAAACUGUGAUGAAAUUACUACCAAGUGUGUUUGUGAUUGGACAGAGCGCAAUGUGGAGUGGUGUUUGGAAGGUGAGGAAUUUUAUUGUAGAAAACAGCAUAACGUUUCAUCGCUACGACAUUUUUCACGUGGGUCUCUUAUUACAUUCAUUGAUUUUUACUGAUGAUCAAAACUAUACAUAAAUUCUGGAAAGUGAUUGAUUAGCAGCAGCCAUUUGCGCGCGUGAAUUGCGAAAUUCUACCUUCAAGCGACGAGCAGUAUUGCUUCUCCUGUGUGCCAUUCAUAUAUACAUUGAUCUGUUUAUAUAUACAUUGAUCUAUUAGCUCGCUACUAAAUUAAAAAGUCCACUUUUAGAAUGGUGUAGUUUUUGCAAGGUUUCAAACAUGUUUACACCAUGAGAUAUCUUAAGAAAGAUCAAAUCAAGAACGCAAGGAUAUCAUCAAGAAGAAGAUUUUCUUUUGUGCCUAUGACUUUGAACAGGUGAUCCGAAAAAGAUUAUCAAUCUCUACCACGAUGCUAUGUCCUACUGGGCUUUGGACUCUGUCGAAGAUUUAAAGGACCGCGCAAGACUGGGUUGGGGAGAGGCGCACGGUACGGUGAGCCUAGUUGCUAAGGGUCUUAGUGGCCAGGCCAUACAGCUAGAUGGUGUGAGUGGAUGGGUCGACCUCGGAAAUCUAAGCACCUUUUGUCAAAUACCGGAGUGUUCCGAAGAUUUUAGUAUUUCUAUGUGGAUGAAGUAUUAUCCUAGGGAGAACGGCGACAAUGAGAUCUUCCUGCAUUUCGGUAAGUUGAAGAUGACAGUAGCUCGUUGAAGUUCACAGCACCUUUUUCUUUUCACUUUUUGUAAGAAUCGGUACUAAAUAUAACUCAGUAUCUAAAAUAUAUUCGUAACGAAGAGGACUGGGUCCUUGUUGGAUUCAAUGUUGUUUUGCAAGGGAUUACAAGAAUCUUCCAGAAUGUAUAUGCACGCGCAAACUUGUUGUUCUUCUCUCUAGAUAACGGGUUUACAGUGGCACAAUUAUUUUACGAAGCGGAAUCAAAGCUAGUCGGACUCUCUAUUAGCACAAGCUCAUUGGGGGCUUCUUACAGAUUUUCAGUUGCAAAGGGAUUUUGGACACAUCUGGGUUUCUCCUGGGAGAGUCAGGAAAAAUCUCUUAACAUCCAAAAGUAAGUCUUUCUUUUGUACAGGUUUAAGAAUAGAUCGAGUCCUGUUAUUCGGAAUGGAAUGUGCCGGACUACUGGAUACGUGCGUAGGCAAAGAAUGCUUCUGGAGGAGAAGCUGUGACAAUUUAAUUUUCCUCAGGUUCUGGACAAAGAAUCUUAAAAGGAAGACGCUGCCAAAAGUUUUCAUGGGAAACGUUAUUGGAAAAAGAUCUCAAGUAUACUUAAGCCGUAAUAUUAAAAUUUAUAUUAACAACAAAUCGAUGUUAACCAUUAGGAAUGGGGAAACAGUUGUCAGUCGGAAAGUGUGUGACCCAUGCAGUACUCCUUCCGCAAACGGUCCAUCGCUCACGAUUGGUGCUGGAUCUUUCCCCAAUGCCUCGUUUGACGAGAUUGCAAUUUGGAGCAUGUCUCUUGAGAAAGACAGAUUUGUGAACAUUUACAACACAUAUAGAGGUAUCUAAGGGAAAUAUCGAUUUAAAAAAAAAGUAAAAAGCAGAUAGGCCUCAAUGGCUCACAUCGGAUCCAUUGAGAAAGUAUUUAAAAGUCUUGCUCUCCGUUAAAUCUGUAAAACGUCAACUAGAAGAUCGGCGUAUAUAUUUUCCUAGUAUUUUGAUGGGAACUUGAUUGAAAACCUAACUCUUGUCGAACUCGUUCUCAAAUCUUAGGAUCUUGCUUAUCGUGAUCUAGUGUUAUCGUUCGAUCUUCUUUUGGUAUUUGUCAUACAUAAAUAAUUUUAUGUGCUGAUUGCUGUUUGAAUGCCCUUUCGUCGUUUAAAGGUCCCGAGAAACUUCAUGUUGAGUUGUCCCUUCAGUUUACCGGGAUCUCCUGGAGUGAUGAUUUCCAUGAUCCAGAAUCUAAAAAUUUUACGGCGCUUUUUCGAGUCUUGAGGAAAGAGGUUUGUUACUGGAACUAUGAAAACAUAAUGACAACACCAUAACCGCACUUGGGACUUGUAAGCACCUCUGGGCCUCUGCCGGAGGGGCCCUAAUCUUAAGAUCAUUGAGCUAGUUGAAAUUUUCUGAAAAUUUAAUUUUCCCUUGUUUUUGUUUUAUAUCAAUCAUUUAUUAUUUAAAUUUUUACCUUUUUUAUUAUCUGUGGAUGGAUGUUAGUUAGAAGACUUCCACUGAGUUCCGUCCUUUUUCACGAAAAGAUAAGAUAAUCCAUUGACAUCCUCUCUUUUUCCAGAUCGUUACCUUCUAUUCGAGCAUGCAAGAAGUUAAGAUAACUUCAGAAAACAUAUUUUUAUCAGGAUGCUGGUAGGCUGUUGGUUACUUAUGCGAAUACAUGAGAACAUUUUUAGACUCAGCUAUCUGGUUUCCUACCGACAAUUUUGCACGUACCACGUGUGUUUCUGGAUUGUUUAUUAUCUCGGAAUUAGGCAUCUACAGGAAUGAAGGACUUAGCUUCGAGAAACCUCCUUGGAAUUAAUCAUCACUUAUUAUUUCUCUUAAGACAAGGACUGCAAAGCCCAUAGUAUUCGAUAAUCCGAGAUAGUUAUACAUCUAAAAGAUCAAUAUAUGAAAUUAUCAAAUCGAGAGUGCGCUCUAGAACUACUCAAAAUUCAAGAACAAGAGGAGUCGAACGACCAAUUAGAACUGCCCUGGUCCAUUCCAAGAUGGAAGAUUCUACCUCACUAUUUAUGAAAAUUUUUUAGCUAUUACUGAUCAAAAACGUUUCGUUUGUGAAUAAAGAAGUCUGUGAGUUGUUAGCUGAGAAAAUUUUUCUUUCUGCAGGGACGAUGGUGGACGGGUGUCAUGUAACUUGACCCUUCAUUAUGACAGUGCAGGAUACAAACAGCUUGGUUUCCUAUUGGAUAGUUGGAUUCCUCGCGCAAACGUAUUUAAUGUCCCUGGAAUCGUACUCCUCCGAAGUAGAAAUGACAAUGGUUUGUUAUGUCGACUUUACGAUGAAUUUUCAAGUGUGUGCAUGUCCCUUCGUGGUCUUUAUGUCUCUUUGUAUUAUUGGUACCUAAAUGAAUGUUAGUCAAAUUGAAUCAACCAUAACAGCUAACGAAAGGCCAAUACUUUUUUCUGAAUUUGCUACGUAAUUUUAUUUCAGUUUUCCAUAUAAAUUUAUUAGUCUGAAGUCCAUCUGUUUGUCAGUCAGUCAGUCAGUCUCUAUCUCUCCGGCUGUCCGUCACUCCGUCUGUCAAUCUGCCGGUCUAACUAUCUGUUUGUCAUUCUGUCGCUCUGUCAGUUUCUCAGUCUGUCAGCCUGCCUGUCUGUCUGUCUGUAUGUCAGUCUGUCGGCCUCUGUCUGUCUGUCAGCCUGUCUGACUAUCUGUAUAUCUGUUUGUCUCUCUGCUUUUCCUUCCAUCCUCUCUUUUAUUUUUUCUUUUCAUCCGCUCCUUUUAUCCGUUUGCUAUUUAGUAUUAGCGUGUUUCGACUGAUACCUUCAUGGAUAUUUUUUCUGUUACAAUUUUUUUUCUGUUACUGUUUUAGCUCUUUAGCUUCUAAAUGAAAAUUACAUUACUUAAGUUUCUUUUAUUGCAAUGCUGACGCUUGUUAGUUCCAAGUACCCCAGUCUCCGGAUUAAAGGCACUAGUUACUGGUCCACACUCAGUCGAGGUGUCCUGGAAUACACCAUCCGAUGAGGACAUUCCUGGCAUAUUAGUUGGUUAUGUGGUUGACUACAAAGAAACAUCAACAGUCAGUAACAACUGGACAAGAAUGAAGGUCGAUGAUACGAAAGGGCUUUCUCCCAACUUAAACAUUACACAUCUGGAAGCUUACACAAAAUACACCGUAAAUGUAUCAACAGUUAGUCUUGAGGGUGAAGGAAUAAGCGCUAGUAUAACCAUAGCCACAGACGAAACAGGUACAUAAGCAUGUGAAAUGCUUGAAUUUGACCUUAUUCUUAAAUUGAUCUUAUUCUUAAAUUGCUCGUCCAUUUUAUUCACUGAAAAAAAGUCAAGCAACGAUAUGUAAAGCCUUUAUACAAGCCCAAGUGGCUCAUUAGCAUGAAGCGGCUAGGAGUAUUGCUACUCCCCCCUGGAUGGGAUGCUAAUCUAUCGCAGGGUUACCCCCAGCAUAUUUGCUGUUACCCAUUUGUACACCUGGGUGCAGAGAAGCACUGUGAGAGUAAAGUGUCUUGCCUAAGAACACAACACAGUGACUCCGGCCAGGGCUCGAGCGCAUUAACCAUAAGGCCACCACACCACCACCAUGUGAAAUGCUUGAAUUUCCAGACCUUACUCUUAAAUUGAUCGUCCAUUUUACUCACUGAAAAAAAAGUCAAUCAACUAUACAGUAAAAAUUUAUCUCGAACUGUCGAAACGAUUAGAGAACAUGUUGACUUUUCCUAGAUACGUUUAUCAAAAUAUUGGGAAAACUUUACUUCGUGAGUUCCGAGAAAAGCCAUAUGUUGUCAUGUAGCUACUAUUUCUUCCCAAAUAAAAAUAUACGUGUGACGCCUUUUCUAGUUAACGCCCUCCAAAUUGCAAGAAAGGCCAUAUGUUGUCAUUAUUGAAUAUGUGAAGCAAGUAUUUCUUCCCUAACUAAAAUAUACGUGGGAAGCCUUUGCUUGUUAACGCCCUCCAAAUUGCGAAAAAUGCGAUCGAGUUGUGUUGCUUUUUUAAAAUCGAGUGAAGCGUUGGAAAACAAAGAUCGGCCAUCGUUCCCCAGAGUUCUUAUCCAAUCCGUUGUUCCCUAUUGGAAUACUAAAAAUAAUGAUGAUAAUAAGACUUUAUUUAUUGAGGGUAACACUUAACACUUACAGACUAAUAAACUCGUGGCCAUUAAAUUCCAACAAAUCGAAAACUGAUUAACGUGAUAAAUAAACAGAAACCCCAACUGGUAGAAGGCAGAGCAGCUGGCUAUACGCAAAGUGCAGUCAAGGAAUUGAACUCGGUGUAACUGAGAACAAAUCCUAUGAGCAGCCGGGUGGAGGGCCUUCAACUAACCAUUCGGCCACACUGCCUCCAUCCAUUCAUGUACUAUUUCCUACUGCUUUUCGCGUUCUUUUGAAUAUGAUCUUUAAAAUAUGUCUAAUUUUCUCCUUAUUUAGCCCCUCCCUGGCCCGUGGUCAACGUAGUCGCGUCUGCCACCAGUCCCAUUAGCAUCAGGAUAUCCUGGGACCCUUCGAAUCAUUCGGAACGUACCCCGGGGUUGGUGCGGGGACACCGGAUCUUCUUCACCAAAGCUGAAGAUAUUAUCAGCCAAACUGUAUAUGAAACUAAGUACGGUGACAAUAUAACGAACUAUGUCGUAAGGGAGAUGGCGUUGAGGAAUGAGACGGUUUUCGAUGCAGGAUUGACUACUUAUGACAUUAAGGGUUUACAGCCGUACACCAAUUACUGUCUGUGGAUUACAGUGUUCACUGUGGCUGAUAGUCCUAACAGCCGUGCUGUGUGCUUGUUGACAGAUGAAGACCGUGAGUCUAUAAAAAUCUAUGAAUGAGGGUCAAGUUAUGGAUCAAUAUUGCUAUCAAAGCAACUGCGGAUCUACCCCUCCAUAAAACAACAACAGUCAACAAUUUAGGAUUAGUGUUGAGUUAGGGGAGGGGUAGGUGCGCAGUUGCUUAGCUUCUUAAAGCUUCAUCCAAACAAAUCUAGGAUUGCUUUUCACUUCUCUGCACUCUUUGAUCAGCCAGGCUGAAUCAAAAUUCGGGUCUUCCUUUGAUUGGAUGACUUGUAGCUCCCAGUCCUCCCCAUCGUUCAACAUCUGAUCCAAUCGCAGCCUGCUCUAGGGGACGGUAAGAACUUGGAUUCCCAUCGGCUCCUUGUAUUUUUUUUUCGUUAUUCUGAUUGGCCUUUGGUUCAAGUUUCACAAUACUCCGACAAAAAAGGUUCUAAAAACAUUCGGUAUCCAUAAAACAACGGAGAGUUUUAGAUUUCAUGGUUUUUUUGGAGGUGGUGUUAGGAGUCGAACGUAAGAAGGUGUAUUUCCACUCUUUUGCAAGCACCUUACCCUGAUAGUCAAUUGACCCAUACAUAUCAUAGUGUAACUAAACAUAUUUUUUCCCCGAUCAAACUUGCCGAUGAAGUAGAAGCACAAGGGAACGAAAUAUUCUGCAUUUGAUAUGAACAAAAUGCACAAUGUAGUACGCAUUUUGAAAACUAAAUAUUCUUCUCUUCGUUUCUUUUUCUUCAGUUCCUGUUGAAAGUCCAGUGAUUCACAAUAUGGUCUCACUCGAACCCACCUCCUGUUCAUUUCACUGGACUCCAAUUCCCAUCUACCAACGUAAAGGAGUGUUACUAGGGUAUAGGAUUGAGUACACGUCUUUGAAUCACUCAACGAAUCCUUCAAAUGUUACAACAAGCUCCAAUAAAACAAACUUUGUUCUCAGUGGUCUAAAACCUUACACCAACUACUCGAUUAAAUUAGCCGAACUUACUUCAAAAGGCACUGGAAAUUACAGCAGCCCAGUCGAAUGUUUCACCAUGGGGGAUAGUAAGUAACUCUUUCGAUAACUUUUAAACAAAUAUCUUUUCGUAAAUAGUAAAUAUUAUUUAUACUAUACUAGAUAGUAUAACAGAUAUUGUUUUAAGAUUCUGGACUCUGCUUCCACAAGCUUCCAAUUGAAAAUGAAGGAAGCCAUGCACAUCCUUUGGGAGCAGCCGUCUUUAAACUCCCAGGUCAAACAUCUUAAUUUAUCCCUCUCAUACUAAUUAGUCUCCCUUCGUAGCUUAAAUAGUUUCACUUUUUUUGUUACUCUUGUUAACAUCUCACUAUGUUGUAUUAUUUUUUUGCAUAAUUUCAUUUGAUUUCUCAUUAUACAACUGACGAUGGAUGAUGUUUCAUCCGUAACAUGUUUUGUUUUCAUUAAAAAAUAUUUUAAAAGAAAGUGAACUUCAAAAGCAUCGCGCAGUUAAUCAAAGUGAUAUCUUCGUGCUGUUACGGAGCCUUAAUAAAUUUAAAAAUAGUGGAAUGCUUCCAAAGUGCACACCUCCAAUAAAAAAAUGUUGUGGCUCUUUACAACAAUAGUGCAAAAAGAAAAAUUAAAAAAAAACAACAACCAUAAUAAUAAUAAACGAAGUUCGCCUAAGGCUUAAUGAAUAGUGUUAAAUAACCUCCUCGACGAAGUCUCACACCUUCUAUCGGUUUAGUUAUUUCCUUGAUAAUAUUGGCAAAAAAUGAUGCAGGGUUGAAGUGUUCUCCCUUAUUUUACGCAUGACAGGUAAAAUAAAUUUUCAAACCGGUAAAGGAAUCCUUUUACCUGUUGAAUUUUCAAGAAUUCCAAUCAAUUUUAAACGUUAAUGAGAGGUUCUACAGGCGGUAAAUUUUACCGUUUAUUGCCUGAAAAGGAGAACAUCGAGGGUUGUCGUCAAAUUUUUUUAUUGGUUUUCCUAAGAAUUCGAGGGUACCGUGAGAGUCGAGUGUUUUUUUUUUUUGCCUAAAAGCACGGAAACCAUGAAUUUUCUACGGCCUGAGCCGAAUGAUUUCGACUUACAUCUUAGUGCGUUAACUCGCUGAGACACUACGCCUCCGAAAUCCUUGAGAAAUUAUGGAUUGUUAGAUAUGAGUAAUAUCUUAUCCUUACCUUGACAGAGCCAUCAGCUAGCCCCACGGGUCUCUCAGUUGAAUCUGCCACGCCGACCAGCUGCGAAGUGGCCUGGAAUGGUAUACCUAGGCAGUUUGUCAACGGUGAACUGUUCAGUUAUGAAGUUUACGUGGUAAAAAAUGACGCCGCUGACCAAUCAUCGGCUGACGAACUCUCCAUAGCAGCGCUUGUGUGCCACAGUUCUCCCAGAGUGAAGAUCAACUCGCUACAUUCAUUUACCUCAUACAAUAUUAAAGUGGCUGUGCACAAUAACAUUGGCAGGGGGAAUUUUAGUGAAGCGGUUGAAUGUCUCACGAACGAAACAGGUAAGGUGGGAAUGCUGCAUUCAUUUAUUUUAUUAGUUAUUUGUUUAUUUCAGGGUUAUUUGUUUCCGAUCUGACUACCAACGGGCGCUGCAGAAAGUAGGAAAGAACUUUUGUUUGAUACCGCAGUCAUUAUCUUUGUCAUGACUCAAUAUGACUUAAUACAUGUUGCAUCGGUGCGACGCUCGGCCGAGCGGAACAAUACUUUUGUUCAUGAAUCCCGAGGGGUUACACUCGUUAUAAGGUUUUUCACAACUACAAUUACUACAAUUCGCGUGAAUAAACUAUUUCGAUAUUAUCUUCUUUUACCUCUCUUAGCACCCACUUUGCCUCCACAAAACAUCAAAGGAUACAGCACAAGUGCGCAUAGCAUCAUGGUCUCAUGGGAUCCAGUCCCCGAGUCAGGAAGAAACGGUAUCGUUAGAGAGUACCGCAUAGAAUACUCGACGGAGGAUAAUAUCAUCUUAUCAAUAUGGGUGCAAGCGAAAAUUGAAGUUAUGCGUGAAGAGCUACUCAGAUUGCAGCCUUUCUCGAAUUACACCAUAAAGAUGGCCGCCAAAACUGUUGCCUAUGGUAACUACAGCGAGCCUAUCUUUGUCACCUCUGGAGAACUCGGUAAGGAAUAUUUUGUUUCCUUUUCAAUCAUUAUUAUCGAAACCAUCCAUUUUAUCCUUAAGGCUGUGUAAUCCGUGCGCUGGCGAUCAAACCUUCACUCGAGCACAUGCCAUCAUUGUAUUGCAAUCCGUGCACAGAAAUAAGAUUAGAAAUCUCAGAUUGAAAAUACAAACGCAGAAGUUAAAUAGAGAGGAUUUAGCCUGUAAAUUAUAUAUACAAGGAAGAAUUUUGUUUGUAUUGGAAAAUACGAUAAGAGAAAUGAUUUCAUCAAAAAUUAAAUCGCACUGAAGAACAUUUGGUGCGAACUGCUUUGAUUCAAUAUCGAUACGAAGAUUUUAGAUAUAUGAAUUUCAUAUAUGUUAUGUUAUCGGGACAAAGGUCACUGCCGAAAGAGACUGGUUCAAUGGGACAGCAGAGUUUUUUCCAUCUAGCUCGAAGGUGGAGGUUCAAAAGUGUAGGAAAAAGACAACGUUACUUGCCUCUUUUAAAAUUGUCACGCAAAGGAACAAGUGUCAGUUGACUCUAGAGAUUUCUCUAUUAGUCCUUAGGCUUCUGGGCCCUAUUGUACAAAAGAGCGGAUAACGCUAUCCAACAGAUAAAUCGCUAUCCGGCGGAUUAGUGAUAGCAAAAUGUAUAGCGUUAUCCACCUGACAGAGUUUUAUUCAGUGGAUAGUGUUAUCCAACCUUCACACAACCGGGGCCUGGAAUUUUUCCACAAUUGGUCAAUGCGUACAAGUACGGUUUGGUAAUCCCCCCUUUAAAAGCGACUUUUUCUAGAGGAAUGAAGGACAAAGCAGGGGGGGGGAUGGAAAGAAGGUUAUCAAGAAGAUUUAGAAUGAGAGUGUCACUUUUGAGCUAAUUAAAGAUAUUUUCAUAAUUCCUCCUACUCACUCUUCUUUUUUUGCUGUUUUCAAAUACCUCAGCUCCUACCACGUCACCGGAAAUCACCGAAUAUUACAACACCAGCGCCCGCAGUAUCUUUGUCAAGUGGAGUCCCCUACCAGGGUCACUAUACGGAGUCUUACGUGGUUAUCGAAUCAUCUAUAAGAAUCUGAACGACUCACAAAGUGAAGAUCAAAACAUAACUGUUGAUGCAGAUACAUUGUCCUCUGAAAUAAGAGAGCUUGAGAUCGACUCAAAGUAUAAAAUCCGAGUAUUAGCAUUCACAGUGGCUGACGGUAACGCAAGCGUACCAGUUGUGGUUUCCACGGACAGCAAAAUUCUCCCGCGUAAGUUGCUCAGACGAAACCUUUAAGAGUGACUAGCAUCUAAUUUUUCCUUUCAGUUAUAUUGUUGAAUCAAACAUCGUCUUGAAUGAUACACAAAUUUUCCUUGUCAGUGCCCUAGGAAAUGUCCAGAGAACAGUAUGGUGAAUAAUUUAGGCAAAUUGAUGAUGGAGUGUGAUGGUUUAAGCUACGUGACUUAGCAAACGUUCAUUCUAGAUAGAAGCGAUGUAAAGAAGUUUCUCUUUUUCCCAUCUUAUGGCAAUCUGUUAUAAUGAAUAAGAGCGGUAAACGCAUUUUCAAUUGGUCUGGUUAUGGUAUUAUUUGGAACUUAGAGGCGUGGAUUCUGAAGCAAAGUUCUCUCUUUUGAUAAAUGUUUAUUUGCAUUGUUAAUAUCGUAACUGGUCGAAGCAGAUAUGAUUAACGAAUUUUGUCACUUUUUAGCGCCGGAUCGGGUUCCUGAAAAUUUAGGCCUGAGCAACAAAACUUCUACAAGCUGUGUUCUGUCUUGGGAUGGCGUUACAAACACGCACACAGACCCCGACGGAGCUGUAACAGGUUACUAUAUAUAUUAUAGAAAAGCUGGUUCCAAUGACACGUUUGAUGAGGUAGAUGUUACAGAAGCAAACAAGACGGUCUUUACUGUGGGAAACCUUGAAAAAUACGCCGAGUACGAGUUUAGCAUUGUUGCUUAUAACAUCUAUGGCAAAGGAAAUGCAAGUGAUACCUUUCAUUGCAAGACAGCGGAGGAUGGUAUGUACUCACUCACGUUGAAUGAUAAAUUCUCACAGCGCAAUGCAGGGUUUUUUUAACGAUAACUGCGAGAAUCUGUUGGUGCAUUAGACAAUGUUGUAUCAUGUAAUUUGUUGAUGGUGUAAGGAGAAGCUGCGGAUUGCUUUGGAGCCUGAAACGAAACGAAAAUUACUUAUGGCCUGAUAAAUAUUCUGCAACAUUAAUGUGCCAUCCUCGCUUGACGGGCAUUUAGAAAUGAAAGAAUUAUUCCAGUUGACAAAUCGCUGAAAGAACUUUGAAAAUAGAGAAAGAUGUCCCCAUGAGGAAUUGACCCUCAGACAUUCGGAAUCCGCGCACCGAUGCUCAACUACUGAGUCACAGAGACUCUAUGGUGGGCGAGGCCUAUUACGAAGUUCAUAUGACACGCGUCCUGCAUACUGCAUACUUCUACAUAAAUUGCUGAUCUCAGCAGUAUGUAGGACGCGUAUCAUCCACAACUUAAGAGGAGUGAAAAAAGCUUAGUUUACGAGCUCUCAUCAACCACUACUUGACGCAAAAGGAGACUUUCUUUCCCUCAAUGCGUUUAAAGCAAACCUUACAAGGGAGCUGCAGAACUAUAUAAGCAAAUGGAUCCUCAUAACGUGCUUUAGUUUUAAUUGCGGAAAUUAAGCCAUGAACAUAUUUUACUCCUUAGCUCCGAGUUCCUCUCCUCGCAAUCUCAGGUCUGCUCAUGUCAAACCGCGGGAAGCAACGAUAGAGUGGGAUAUUCCAGCGGAAGAAGACUGGAAUGGGGUUAUACGGGGAUUUACUAUCAUGUAUUACAGGUAUGAUUAACUAAUUUAGAUUUGCUGAAAGGAAACGCACAGCAAGAGAUUUUUAGUGUACACUGCAGUGGAACUUUAUUGGCUUAUUCGAUUGUAAACUUCUCAGUCAUAUUACAAAUGAACAUUAAAUCGGGCCUUAGAUAAGGAGGGCUGAUUCUAUCAUGCUUCAUUCCGAGACCAAAGGCGGAACGGGCAUGGGUCUGUUUGAUGCGAUUUUAGGCAACAUACUGUGUUCUCACAAAACCUCUCUCUACCUUGAGGUUCAUCAGACCGAAUAUCGAAGGGCUAACGCUCGAAAUAUCACCUUUAGAAACUCUUUACGGUUGCCAAUUAACAUUAUCAACUCAGUUGAUGAAAAAAAAAUGAUCUUGUGAUGCCAAUCCCCCUCCCCUUAUUCCAACAGCACAGCACCACAGUUUCUCUGGAAACUUACUCUUUAUUUUUUCCCAGUCUUUUCUAAUCAGUUUUUUUGCUUGCCUGUUUGUUUCUUAUCUUUGCAGAAAGGAUAAAGGGAAUUCCACGGCCAAGUAUAGGCGUAUACCACUUAGCGAGUUAAACGUACAGCUAACCGGAUCAGGAUCUGUGAGAAGAAAACGAGCCACAGACUUCUCAUGGACCUUGUCUGACCUUGAUGAAUACACCCUGUAUAGCAUCCGCAUUCUGAUGUACACCACUGGUGACAGCGAGUACAGUAUCCCUUUAGAGAUACGAACAGCAGAAGCAGGUAGCUCAUGAGUUGUUGCGGGUUUUUGGGGAAUGGAAAGUCAUUGGCAAAUUCAGGGGGAGGGAAAGAUUCUAGGCGAGGGAGGAGGUUCAGAUCCCCCUCCCUAUAUCAUACCUCUGGGGUUAUAUUUUGAAUACUUAUCUGACGCUACAUUCUUGCAACGACAAGAUCGCGUUUUACUUAUAUACAAUAUUAUUGUUAUCAUUGUUAUUAUUAUUAUUAUUAUUGUUAUCAUUUUUAUAAUUCUACAGCCCCGUCCUCUCCCCCCACGGGAGUCUCCGCCGUCAACAACGAAAGCUCCACGAGUUUACUAGUCACGUGGUCUCAAGUCCCGUAUGAGGACCGUAAUGGCGUUAUAAGAGGUUUUGUAAUCGCCUAUUGGUUAGUUGAUGAUCCAAGUAAUGUUCAGUACGUUAAUAUGUCCAGUAAUACCUCAGGUGUUAGUGUUGACAAAAGAAGGAGAAAGAGGGCCUCACAUGAUUCCUUUGAGCAUACCUUGACAGGACUCAGAAUUUGGACCCAUUACCAUGUUAAAGUUGCCGCGUUUACAAUCAGCCGGGGACCAUUCAGUGAGCCUUACAUGGCGCGGACGGACGAAGGAGGUAUUGCCAUAAAACAAUCAAGUAUUUAUUUGCAUUAAUUAUAAUUCAGUGGCUGAAACAAAAUUAUUUCUAUUGAUAGUUUUAAAUGAUAAGAGAAAAAAAAGCAAUAGACGAUUUAUUUUAAUUACUCUGUUCCAGGAGUCCAGUGUUAAAUAGCGCGAUAGGGGUGAAGGAGCGAAAAACUCGGGGGUGGCCUAGGGCGACCCGACCUGACCUGACCCAGACCUCCCUCGCCUUUUCACUCCAUCGCCACUAUCCCACCGUUAACUGUUUUGCUCCGUUUCACUUACUAAACGCCUGGAGCAGGCUGCUGUAUGAUAGGAAACUCUGGCUACAAAGUUUAUUGCAUGAAAAUAGCCGCUGUAGUGAUUACUUUUUGUAUUACAUAUUACAUCCAUGCUUUCAACCAAUUUCUCUUCCAGUCCCUUGUCUGCCACCACAAGACGUCACAUUCGAUGUCCCGGGUCUGACUUCACUCCUAACAAAGUGGAAACCAGUCCCUGAGAACUGCCACAAUGGAAUAAUUCUCGGAUACAGAGUCAAGUAUCGGCGGCUGGAUGGGGUCGCAGAGGAGAGGGUUGAAAACACAACCGCUGACAUACUAUACGCGUUUCUUUUUGAUCUGGAUACUUUUGCCAAUUACACCAUUGGGAUCGUCGCAUUUACAAGGAAGGGUGAGGGGAAUGCUACUUUGGAUCUGGCAUUACCGGACAACCUGGGUGAGUGUUUAGAGAAGAAGGAGUAAAAUUAGGGAUAUGUUCCGCCAAAAAUUAUGUAGUUUUCGUGGUAUUGAGUCUUAUACCCCAUUCACACCAGCAAAACAUGUUUUGUUAAACUGGUUUUCAUUGAAUGAAAAUUAUAAACAGAGAACCGAAAAACUUGAUUUUCCAAUUCAAGUAAACUUGCAUUUCCAUGUUUUCAAGUUAAAAAUAUUCCGGUUUAAACUAAAUUAAACUGUGUUUAACAAAACAACUUUUAAACAUGUUUAAGCUUUGGUGUGAAUGGGGCAUUAUACACCAUCAUGUUCACGCCAACAAACUAUGUUUAGUUAAACCGGGUUAAACUAAAUGAAAAUUCGACACAGACAAAAACUGAAUUUUCCAUGGGGUUUCCAGUACUCACUAACUUGUAUUUUCAAUGUGCCAAAAAUGAAUUCAGUAAACAUCGGUUUAAGCAGCUUCUAUGAAAAAAAAAUCUUAAUCCUUGUUUAACAAAACAGCUUUAAAACAUGUUUAAGUUUUGGUGUUAAUAGGCUACCAAACAGCUAGAGAAAAGUUCUUUAUUUUAGUUACCAACCCCCCCCUCCCCGGCUUCAUUGAUAUGCACAAGCGUUGUUUUGGUGCACUAAGCGUGCGCUUUGCGUUUUGAAGGGCGAGGCCCCUACACCUAAAUCUUGUUACAUUUUAAAAAGUAUGCAUUUUCCUUUUUUAACCCGUUAAUUCAGCUUCUCUUUGACUUGAAGGAACUAAAAGUACGCCACUGAACUUAACAGCGUACAACUACACCACAACUACCUCUGUUAAUGUCACGUGGGGACCAAUUGACGACGAGUUGAUACUGGGGAGAUUACUUGGUUACCGCGUGUUCUACAGGGCCGUGAGGAUUGGAGACCAGGAAGUUGAGGAGGGGGAAGAGCCAACUUACAACAUAACUGUUCGAAAAGAUACUUUUGAAAUUGUUCUUGAAGGAUUGGAUCCAUAUACUCGUUACCAGAUCAAAGUGUCCGGAUUUAGCCGCAUGGGGGAUGGACCGAGUGCGAUCACCGCAGGAGGUAUGGUGUCUUCCCCACAGUUGUGUUCAGGAAAUUAGUUGAAAUUCUUUCCACUGAAGGGGCACAUGAAAUUAAUGUUUUUAUUUGCUAAAGGGUUAGGGAGAAGAGUCGUGGUCGGUAAGAACGUACUCUCGAUGUUUCAGCUUUGCUGCUAGGGUAUUAUUAGCAUGCAAGUAGCCUCUCAUUGGCGUUGUGUCACGAGUGGCAACGCCCAUUCGAGGUGCGAGCGUUGCAAGUUUACGAGAGAUCCGCGAGCGUCCGACAUGGGCUCUCAUUUGUCGCACAAAACCCCGUUCGCCUCGUUCGCGGGCUCGAAUGUCACGAAACUCGCGUCGCAAUGCUUUCAAACUUUGCUCCUCAUUUUUUUUUCUAGAUACUUGUCGCUGUCACAAGCGCCUGACCACCAAUUAUCGCCUCUUCCCACCAUACGUGAACCAAUUCCCAUUAACUCAUACUGGAAACAUUAGUGUUGAGAACAUGACAGGGAUGCUCCCUCAAAUCCUCGAUGACCUUAUAGUCACGUGCUGUCAGACAUGCGCAUCUCACGGAGAAUCGUUUGUGGACUUCAUGUACAACGGCACCAAUGGUGAAGCUAAGCAGGAAAGCGAAAGAAACAUGAAGCUUUUGAUUGAAGAUCGCAACGACCUCAGGUAGGUAAUGCAUCGAAGCUGCCGAGCAAACAAGCUCCCUUGAUUAGCCAAGAGGACUCAGCUAACAGACUUGAUUAGUUCAUAAGGUAGUUCUCGAAGGUACUGACAACUUAACAGACCGGAAUCCACAUCUUUAAAUCGAAGUUUAUAGAAUAGAGAAGCAGGUUCUGACAGUCCUACCAAUCCAUUUCGUUUCUUUAGCUGACAGUUUUCUUGCAUAAUUCUCCACUAUUUUGAAAUUCCUAUCUUAAAUGAAAACAAAAAUGCUUUGCGGGCCCGUUGAGUUACCGGGACCCUCGCUAAACGGGCCCGGGACCUUUGACAAACGGGCCCGGAACCUUCGACAAACGGCCUGGAACCUUCGACAAACGGGCCCGAGGUCCGAAGGUGAAAGCUCUUCACAGGAUCUGUUUUCGGAGCUCUAAAAAGAUAUAAAAAUUAAGGUUAAAUAAACAAACAAACAAAACAUAGUAACGACUUCAGCUAUGCAUGUUGGACAAGAUAGCUUUGGAGUAAGGCCUUGUUUAUAUGCGGUUCAGGCUUUAAGAGGGUCUCCAUGGGGUUAACUGUUAGCCGUAAAACGGUCAAAAAUUUAGCUGUUGAGCGUUUAUAUUGAAAAAUGUUGACCAUUAGUCGUAAAAAAGUUAACGGUUUAAAAAAAUUUCUCACCGUUAAUCAUUAACUUGCCAAAAUUUUGACCGUUAGUCGUAAAAGCCAUGAUCCCAUUAAGAUGCACCUUUAAGCCUUAUCUCCCUUUGCUCAUUUUUACUUUUUUUUUUUUACCAGUUUUCCCGUAUACGGUUGGAAGUGGCAAGAAAAUUACGGCUCAGAUUACCGCUACAUUCCUCUGUUGGAAUCUCCGGGCGUGGCCUUUAUAAUAAUCGAACCCGACGAUCGAAGUCCGGCGCAAAGAUUACUGGGUGAAGUAUUUGCAACUUGGCCCUAUUGUGUCAUAUCAUCGCUUCUUGCUGCUAUAGCUGGGAUUAUUAUAUGGUUUCUGGUGAGAAAUGUUCUUUGGUGAUUACAUAGGUAACGUAGAAGUUAAGGAGUCAGCAAGACGGUUCAUCUAAGUUGAAAUACGAUUAAAGUUGACUCCCCUGUUCUCAAGGGUGAUUACAGUCACAGUUAAAACUUAAACAAAAUUUUCGAACGUGAUUGGCUACCACCAGCUAGAUUUAAGAACUUAAAGGAUAGUGUACGCCUCUUGCCUGUAAUUGGAUAGUGGGAUCGGUCAGCUGACGCGUCAUGUCUGUGUGAAGAAUACAGAUCAUGCGCACAAUAUUGUUGCACAUGUCACCGAAUUUACCGGGUUUUUUUUUUUGUUUUGUUUUUGUUUUUCAAAAAACGUUCAACCAGCGGCUAAUUUUUUCAUAGUUAUGAUUGCUUAGUAGCAGGACUUUUUAUCGUCCAAUUCCGUCAAUAAUCAUACUAAUGAUUAACAAAUCAGACUCCAGCUUCGCGGUAGUCCGAUUUGUUAAUCACUCGUAUGAUUACAGACUCGGUUGGACUCCAUUCAGUCCUAUUAAUGUUACUUAUCCAUUACAAUAUAUGAAUUUAGGGUACUAUUUUGAUCGUUUCACCAAUAUCUUUAUUUUUUUGAGGCUGUCUGAAGCUGUGAGGUAUUUUCUCUCCUCAGGACACAAAGUACAACCCAGAAGAGUUUCCUCGCUCAUUUUGGCGUGGAUCGGGGAACGGGUUUUGGUGGGCCUUUAUUUCCAUGACAACAUUGGGGUAAGCAAAACAGAAAUAAAUAGAGCAAUUUUCAAUUGACUGUCAAAAGUAAUCCGACGUGCUUUAGUUUUACUUUAUUCUGUGAUUGGUCCAGAAAACUCGCGCCAUCUCUCAACCAGUCAGAAAAAAAAAACAAUCGUUUUAACAAUCGUUUCAAUCUUAAAACAAUCGUUCCUUGAUCAUUCGCGUUUUAAAGCGCUUCAAGCCGUUUCCUCGCUUUAACGUUAAGUUCCUACUGGCUUGUGAUAGUGAAAUCCUUAACUCUGAUCAUGAUUGGUCACUGGGAUUGCUUCGGUUGUGAUGUUUCAACAUUCAAUUGAAAACUGCUCGCAGUAGAGAAUUGAAUUUGUUUUUGUCCUCAUUCACGUCUCAGCAGCUCACAGCAAAAUGAAAAAAACUCUCCUCAUUUUUUUUCUAUGACAGAUAUGGUGACAAAGUUCCGUCAGCUUACUGGUCCAAGAUGUUCGCAAUUGUUUGGAUCCUUAUUGGACUCGUCUUGAUGAGCAUACUGAGCAGUGCUCUGACCUCUGCCGUUUCACUCUUCGUAGUUCAAAACAACCUUGUUCUGUACGGAACUAAGGUAUAUCUGAUUUGAUUUUUUUGAGCAAUUUAACUAUUUUUUAUAAUAUAUUAUAUUUUUAUAUAAGCUGCUAGUCCUUCCCCUAGCUCUUCCCAACUGACUCUACUCUUUCACGUCUCUUUUUCAUAUGUCCAUCGCCAGGUCGUCCGAUCCGUGAACGUAAAUUAAAACCAUGCCAAUUUCAAACUGGUUACCUGGAGCGUCCCAUUAACUCUUAGGCGUUAUACGGUAUACAAAAACAAUAGCCUCCAUUUAGCGCAAAAUGUACACGGAUAUUUGUCCACGGACAGUAUCUGUUCCGAGAUGUGAACAGUUUUCUAAGAGCGAAGUUAGUAUACCUUGCAACCACCCGGGUUAGCCACCUGCGCCGUGCAAAAGACUGGGUAAGAGCCAUGGGGAAUAACGGACAAUUUAUCAUAAAAUUUUGACCACAUGCAUUUAUUUUGUUACUACAUACAGGUGGCAGUAAUUCAUGACACUCCAGAAUACCGAUUAGCUGUGGCCAGAAAUGCCAUUGUGGAUAACGGUAAGCCGUAGCAGAUAUGGGCCUUAUCAGUACGAAGCCUCCUCCUCCGCCUCUCGCCUCGUUCUCCUUUCAGUCUACAUUUCUUUUUUUUUUUGUUGUUUUUUUUUUCAUCUCUUGCCCUUCCAUGCUCGAAAUUAAACGUAGUGCCGCAUUUAUCUUACAGAACAUCCCUAUGAAACAUUUUCCGAAGUGUACGAGGCGCUAAUCAAAAAAGAAGUUCAGGGAAUGUUGAUCGACUCUUACGAAGCUGGAACUAAAAGAGAUCAAUUCAAAGACCCUCGGAUUCGUAUCCACACCAUAUUUGAUUACGAGUCUACUUACGGAGUGGUUUUGGCUGGUAACUCGACCAGGUUACUGCAGUGCUCCAAAAGCUACAUGCAGAGUCACAAGGCCGAGAUGUUUGAGCACAUUGGGAAGUUUAUCCACGCCAUAAAGGCAAUUUACGUGAAAACAUUUUGAUCUUGCCUUUUGCGUGUAUGUUAGUUGUGAUUAAGGACCUGGAACGAGCGAACAAACAAACGAACCUCGAACGAACAAGCGAAUUUAUGAAUGAACCGUGAACGACCGAAAAAACGAACGAACCGACGACGGAACGAACAAACGAAUAAACCGACCUACGAACAAACCAGCAUACGAACGACUGAACAACCGAACAAUCGAAUAACCCUAUAAACGAACGAACGACGACUGACCAACCGAUUGGAUAGCUGAUGAAUGAUGAGAUCACCUAACGAAUGACCGGCUUACUGCUACCAUUUGUUUCAAGCCUCUUCGCGAUCCUUUUUCUCUCGUAGCGUCCCACCAAAUCACUUCGUCGUUUCGACAUCAAUUUCCUUUUUUUUUCAUUUCGAUAGGAAGAUCGCGUCUCUGAAAGUGUGGAAACUGCGUCAGGUUUGUUUGAUCCGAAGAACACCAUGUUCAGGUAUCUUACGUACACUGCGGCUGGAGUCGUGUCGCUGGCAAUUCUACUGGGACUUAUAUUGGAAUUCAUACAAUGGUUUUCUGGGCGAAAGAAAGAACACCUCGGUGAGUAUUAAAUACAACAAGCAGUACUGCUAAUUUUCAAACCAAAGGCGAAGCUUUCAGCUUUCAGUCGAAGCAUCUUUCCAAGCAACCCCGUGCGAGCAUUUGUAAUAGGCUCAGUUACGAACAGUUGCGAGGGAAUGGUUACUAGUGCAUAAUUUAGAGAUUUAGAGUCUUCUUAGGGCGACCACCGCGUCUCCAAAGCUCGUCUUUCCUGUGAGCCGGUGGUGUCUUUAUUCAAGAGCGUGUUUCUAAUGUGAACGUGAUUUUCGAAUGAAAUGAGAGCCGGGGAGAAUACCAAUUUGAAAAAGUUACCAAAUAUUUCAUCUUCGUGUCGUUCUAAUAUUUAAUUCUUUCGUUUCACUUUGAGAAAGUUAUCUAAAAAAGUUUGCAAUUAGAUAUCUGCGUAUGAAGAGGGCCAAGGACGUAUCAUUCAUCACGUGACUUCUCCAGCAAAUAUUAUUCGUUUUUGUGGAACAGGUGACCCAGAUGGAGAAAACACCAAACAUCUCCAAGAAAUGAGGACUUUUGUGGAAGAAUUUUAUUGUAACUUCAAGACAAACUAUUCACAAAUGGCAAAGAGACAUCGUUCUCAGCUUAAGAGGCUCAAGACUUGUCCGCCAGACAUCAACGAGCGUUCUUCAAAGGCGAGUCGGCCGUGGUCUAAAAUUAUCAUACCAGGUUUCUUUGCUAGCAAUUACGAUGGAGAGACGAAGUCUGCCGCUGAGAAUUUCUACGAGGCUCCUGAUGCCUUUUUGUACUAAGAAAAGAGAGGAUCAAGCAUUUAAUUAAGAGAUUGAGUCCGCCAGACUAAUCUCAUUUUUAGCCGGAGCAUUUCCUCCGUGAACAGAGACUUAGCGAAGUGCUGGAGAGAUUUUUUGCCCAUAAGUUCGAAGUUACAUUUGCCUCUGUACGAAAUUUUAGUCCGAAAAUUCGCUCAAAACAGUAGGCUUCUUCAAAAUUGGAUGAAUUUUCAUCGGAUUCUCGCGAUAAACUAAUUUUGAUCAUUUUUCGUCGAAAAGCCCGAGACGCACGAAUCUCGCUAGAUUUCGCUAUCUUCAUUUUGCUCGAUUUGGAGAUAAUUUCAGAUCGUUUUAGUUUUUGGAGACCCAAAAAGGAUGAAAAGCCAUCAAUUUUGGUCAAUCAAUCAACUGUGCAUGAGAUAUUAUCAGCUGCUAUUAGUCUUUGUUAUUUAUUGAUGUCCCAUUGGCUCUCUGCCAAAACAUUUACCACUAUACAUUUCUUUUAGCAAGGUAAUCAGACAAAUUCAAUAAGGCAAUUCGCUGAGAUAAUUCAUCUGUAUGAAAAGAUUAAUAAAGGUUACUUUUGUCC